AUGCAAAAGACAACAGUACAUGAAGUGGACGAAAGACAAAUCUCACAUAAUGAUUUUUCGAAUUUUAAUGAAGAUUCUGGCUCCAUAAACAACAAUGACCGACGACAGUCUACUUCGGAUACAUCCAGUCCACAAUCAGAUUCGUUACCAUCUAAUGCUGAUUUCAUUCUAGUAUAUAGUCGUGAUGAUGAAUCUAAGAAUGAUGAACACAAUCAUAAUCGUUGUAAACUUUCCAUGAGUCCUUCCGAAAGAAGAGAAAGAUUUCAAGAUUAUCUUAGUAGCAAACAAGGUCUUAGUCUUAAAACUGUCGAAUCAUCAUCAACAAAAAAGAUGUAUGUUAAAGUUCAGACACCAUUCAAGAUCCUUUUAGAGACUGCUGAAAAAAUGCGAAUGAGAUUGCCUAUUGAAAAAAUUGAAGAAACUGAAGAUAACCCGUCAGAAACUGAAGAUAAUUCAUCAGAUACUGAAGAUAAACCAUCAGAUACUGAAGAUAAUCCAUCAGAAACUGAAGAUAAUUCAUCAGAAACUAAAGAUAAUCCAUCAGAAAUUACUAAAUCAUGUCGGAAUCGUUUUACAACUUCAUUGAAAAGACCAUUUCGUCUUGAUCUAUCAUUAUCAAAACAUGAUCCUGAUUAUUAUACAGCUAUAUAUUCAUCUAAAAUUCCUAAAUUUAAAAAUUUAUUUGCAACAUUACGUGGUUCACAAGAUUUAUAUUUUACACCAAGUGAACGAAGUUUAUUAACAUAUGAAUUAUU